AUGCAGCAGAAAAGACAAUCUUUUAUAAAGAAAAAGAGUGAAGUCUAUCCUCAGAAAAGCGUAAAUCUUGGUAAUAAAAUAAAAGUGAGAAGUAAAAAUAUGAACAGUAAAAUAAAAGUUGUGGUAAGGAAGAGACCACUGAGCGAAUUAGAAAAGAAGAAAAAAGAAAGUGAUAUAAUCACAGUAAAAAACAAUUGUACGCUUUAUAUAGAUGAACCAAGAUAUAAAGUGGACAUGACGAAAUAUAUAGAAAGACAUGAAUUUAUUGUAGAUAAGGUUUUUGAUGAUACGGUUGAUAAUUUCACAGUAUAUGAAAAUACAAUAAAACCAUUAAUAAUAGAUUUAUUUGAGAAUAGCUGUGUAUGUUCUUGUUUUGCUUAUGGUCAAACAGGUAGCGGGAAGACUUAUACGAUGUUAGGUUCACAACCCUAUGGUCAGAGUGAUACACCUGGUAUAUUUCAAUACGCAGCAGGAGAUAUAUUUAACUUUUUAAAUAUUUAUGAUAAAGAUAAUACGAAAGGAAUAUUUAUAUCAUUUUAUGAAAUUUAUUGUGGUAAAUUAUAUGAUUUAUUACAAAAACGUAAGAUGGUAGCAGCAUUAGAAAAUGGAAAAAAAGAAGUUGUAGUAAAAGAUUUAAAAAUAUUAAGAGUAUUAACAAAAGAAGAAUUAAUAUUAAAAAUGAUAGAUGGUGUUUUAUUAAGAAAAAUUGGUGUUAACUCACAAAACGAUGAAUCAUCUAGAUCACAUGCUAUAUUAAAUAUUGAUUUAAAAGAUAUAAAUAAAAAUACGUCACUUGGAAAAAUUGCUUUCAUUGAUUUAGCUGGAAGUGAAAGAGGAGCUGAUACAAUUUCACAAAAUAAACAAACACAAACCGAUGGAGCUAAUAUUAAUAGAUCUUUAUUAGCCUUAAAAGAAUGUAUUAGAGCUAUGGAUUCAGAUAAAAACCAUAUACCUUUUAGAGAUUCAGAAUUAACUAAGGUUUUAAGAGAUAUAUUUGUAGGGAAAUCUAAAAGUAUUAUGAUAGCUAAUAUUUCUCCUACAAUUAGUUGUUGUGAGCAAACAUUGAAUACAUUAAGAUAUUCAUCAAGAGUUAAGAAUUUUAAAAAUAAAUCUACAUGUAUAAAUGACGACGAUGAUACAAAUACAGAAAGAAUUAGUGUAUUAGAUUCAAAGGGAAGUGAAAUGAAUGCAUCUAGUAUAGAAAAUGUUGUUAUCAAAUCAAAUAAUCUUCUUUCAAAUAAUAAUAAUAAUAAUAAAAUGAAUCGUGUCAAAAUUAAUGAUAAGAUAGAAAGAAAUAAUAUCUUAAAAAAUAAAUCUUUUGAUAAACCUAGGGAAGGAUUCACAUCAACCUUUGGAAAAUACAAUUCACUUAAUGAUAUAGACAAAAUAAAGAAAAAUAAGAAAAAGGGUUUAAUUAAUUAUAAAAGUACAUUAUAUAAUGACAACACCAUAAAUAAAAAGCACAACAAUAAUAAUAACAAUGACAAUAAUAAUAAUAAUAAUAAUAAUAAUAUGGUCAAUAUACCAUGUAAUAAAAAAAAAUUAAAAGAUAUAAAUAGAGAAAAAUUACAACAAGAUUAUAAAAUAAUAAAUAAAUUAAAAUAUGAUAAUAUAUC